UAUCUUCAAUUCCUUAUAACCCAACUGAGCCUCUCUUUCUCUUUCUAUCAUAUUCGAGCUCUGGUGUUCUUAAAGGUUCCUCCUUUAAAUCAAAGGUAUUCUUGAAACCCAGUAUUCAUCAACAAUCUCCUAUCUUCAAGCUUUUUCUUUUUCUUUGGUACCAUUCUUGAUCUGUUUAUUUGAUCCAAUAUCUCUCUCUUCUUUGGUACCAUUCUCAAUUUGUUUAUUUGAUCCAAUAUCUCUCAGGGAUUCAUCUCUGGUAACUUUAUUUUCAUUUAAUUUGUAUUAACCAUCCCAUAUUCUUCUUUCUCCUGUUCCCAUUUUGAUCUAUUACCUAUUGCCAUUACAACUUGAUUUCUAGGGCUCUUAGUUUCUAGGUUUUCAGUUUUGGGUUCUUAGAUUUACUCUACUUUUCCUAAGGUCUACGAUUUUGGUUUUAAAAUUCAAUUAAAGACAAGAGAAAAUUUGGGUUUGUGUAAUUUAAGUUGUUAGAUUUUAGAGGGGUUUCCAUUGGUCAUAUUCAAGUUAGUGUCUUUUUAUCUUUUUAUGGCAUUUGAAUGCCAAGUGAAUACUGAGGUUUCUAAGAAUUUGAUCGACUCUCUAGACAAUCCGCUCGGACAAUUAGCUGAAUCUAACCAAUUUCAUUCUCAAAUUGAAGCUGAAAAUUUUGGUGUUUCACAAGUAGCUUCAGAUUCAUUUACUAAAAAAGAAAAAGGUGUAAUUUCAAAACCCAAACCAGUUUCUAGUUCCAAGAAAGCAAAUCCGGACUCUUGUGGUUCGAAACACCUUUUGUCAACUGAUCGGUCAAUCACUGACCUUCCUCCAGCUUUGAUAUCCGAAAUUCUGAAUUGCCUUGACCCGAAAGAGCUAGGCAUAGUUUCAUGUGCAUCAACAUAUCUCUGUAGGCUCGCAUCUGAGCACCAUGUUUGGAAGGAGUUUUAUUGCGAGAGAUGGGGACUUUCAGCGGCUCCAGCAUCCUUGGGUUCAGGACUUUCUGAUGACAAGUCAUGGAAGGAGUUUUUUGUCGAAAGGGAGUUUAGGAGCAAGACUUUUAUGGGACGGUAUAGCAUGGAAAUUUUGUAUGGUCAUACUGAACCUGUUCGAACAGUUUUCCUUUUGGCCUCUGCAAAGAUCAUAUUUACGUCAGGUUAUGACCAAACCGUAAAAAUGUGGAACAUGGAAGAAGGGCUGUUGAUUGCUUCUUCAAGGUCUCUUGGUUGCACUAUCCGUGCAGUUGCUGCAGAUACAAAACUCUUGGUUGCUGGUGGCACUGAUGGUUUUAUCCACUGUUGGAAGGCAAUAGACGGGAGUCCACACUUGUUUAAUAUCAGGGGUCCUCAAAAUGAGAAUACUGAGUUUCGUCUGUGGGAGCAUCAGGGUCCUAUAACAUCUCUUGCGUUGGAUUUUACAAGGAUUUACAGUGGUUCGUGGGAUAUGACUGUUCGUGUAUGGGAUCGACUUUCACUGAAGUGUGUUAAGGUCCUGCGCCAUAGUGAUUGGGUCGGGGGAAUUGCACCUCAUGAUACUACAGUUGCUAGCACAGCUGGUUCGGAUGUCUAUGUCUGGGACACUAGCAGUGGGAAUCUGAUGACCAUUAUUCAUAACGCUCAUGUUGGCAAAACUUGCUCCUUGGCCAGAAACCACAAAGGGGAUUUUCUAUUCACCGGAGGGGAAGAUGGUGCAAUUCACAUGUAUGAAAUUCUGAGUCAUGGGCUUGAGACUAAUGAAUAUUUGGUUGCAACAUGGAUCCCUCACUCAGGCCCUGUGCAUUCCCUUGCGUUUGAGUUUCCAUGGCUUGUUUCUGCUUCUGGUGAUGGGAAGCUAUCACUAAUUGAUGUGAGAAAGCUUUUAAAAACUAGAAAGCGUGCUUCAGGGACAAGUGCUUCAUGUGUUAAGCAUGGAGACCGGAGUAGUGUAGAACCCCCACAGAGAAUGCUACAUGGAUUUGCAAAGAAUCUCCUCUCAGUCGACAUUGGUGCUGAUCGUAUUGUUUGCGGGGGUGAGGAAGGUGUUGUUAGGAUCUGGAACUUCACACAAGCUCUGGAGAUUGAGCGAAGGGCUAAUGCUUUAAGAGGAAUACGAUUAGAGAAUAGGAUGAGGCGGCGUAAGCUCCAUGUAGAGAAUAGCAGCAAAAGUGGUCGCACUGAUCAAUGCUCAGUUGCAGCCAAGAAGAAUCCAGUCACUGGUGAAAGGAGUGGUUGGCACGGUAAACGUGGGGCGAGUGGCAAGCUGAGAGCGUAGUAGCAGAUAAGUGUUUGAUGUACGCUUCUAAAUAGUAGUACCUUUCUACUCUUAGGAUGAUUAUGUGAUUUUGUACAACUUAUGGCUUAAGCAGGUCAGCUAACUUAUUGGAUAUUUCUCUCUGUAUUUGGAUUUACGAUUCUCUGGCGAUCUCAUUCAUUGACUUUUUGUUCAGAGUUCAGACCAAAGAAUUGGAAAAAAUUUUGUUUCUUGCUUUUCAAA